AUGACAAGAAUAUGAAUCAUACUCUUAACAUUUCUGAUUGGCUCUCCUUUGGUAGCUUGAUAUGGGGGACCACUGAAAUAUUUUCGAUACCCUCCGUAUCAUGAUUUUGAUCAGACCGCUUUCAAUCUAGAAAGGAUUCAUAACAUAGCUUUAAAGUUUGUGAGCCUAUUCAAAAUGAUAGAGGUUGGAAUCGAAAGCUUUAAUUCGACCUUAACAAAAGAUGCACUGAUAAAUCUAUGGCCACUGUUUUUGGAGACUUUCUUUCAUUGAAAAAAUUGGGAUUGAAUAUAACUCUUGUUGAUGUCAUGGUUGGAGGAUUUGAUGAAUACAGGCACUUUGCUAUGCUUGUUAUGACCGAAAUGGAUUAUGAAUAUAAUUAUUUAUGGAUACUUUAUAGUAAGAAGAAGUUGAACAUUAUUAAGAAAAUCGUCAAUGAAAGAGGUAAUGAAGUAUUUGUAGAUAAAUCUAAGUGCAUCCGACAAAGGAUAGAUCGAUACUACAUGCCGAUGUUUAAAGUCAAUGAUACUUCAUCCUGAACUGAAUUUGAUGAUAUUAUCGUUAGCUUCUCUGAACAGCCAUUUGAAGAUAAAUCACCCUUCUACUAUUUAGCCUUUAAUAUGGUAAUCUUUAUCGUCUUGGCAGUAAUAACUUUUGUUGUUUCAAAGCUCUUGAAAGCUGAAUGGAGAACUUUUCUCAAGCAAGAAGAUAUUUUGGCUCAAAUGAGAAAAUUAAGAGUCAUCAACAAACCACAUUAUAAAGAGGAUCAGUUAAGGAUCAUCAACAUGCCACAUAAUAGAGACUGAGAAGGCGUCCUCGACUUUAACAAUGCUCGAGCCGAACAUCAAAAAAAUGAAGCUUCUAUGAGUAAGAUUUCCUCUGACUCAUCAGCAAAAGCUAAAGGCUUGCUACUUGACUCAUCAAGAUAAUUCUAAAGCUCUCAAGAUCAUGUGUGUUAAAUUUUAUUUGGUUCAACUGUU